GAGCUCACCAGCACUGCGAUCGAGAAAGCGCAGCCCGAGCUGAGGUCGAUGCUGUCGCUGAUCUCGAGGCCCUCGCCGUCGCCGCCCGCCAAGUCCAGCAGAUCAGCAGCGCAGCAGGAGCCAGUCCAGAACCCGUUCAUCAACUACAGGGUUCCCGAGCUGUUCACAAGCCCUCCUCAGACGGGCGCCGGCUUCGGGAGCUCGUCGGUCCUGGACUCCGACGGCGACGAUGACGACGAGGACAGUCAUCCGAUCUUCUGCCACUUCGAUGGCCGUGCCAUCCAGCUCGUGCUCUCCAACGGCUCGGCCAGAGAAGCUGAAUGGUUUCGGGUGAGUGGUGGCGGCUUCGCGAUGGGCGUGCGGGACUCCGUGAAGGGCGCCGACGGCGAGCCGUACUCGCGGGAGUCGGAGCUGUCGGCCGACUGGCUCGGAGACGACGGGAAGCUCAAGCGCCCCCCCAAGGCGCAGCCGAAGCCCGCGGGCAAGAGCAAGGCCAAAGGGAAGGCCACCAGUGCCAAAGGGAAGGCGAAGGCAAAGGCGAAGGCCAAAGGCAAGGCCAAGGCCAAAGGGAAGGUGCAGCUCAAGAAGCGCAAGGCGGGCGAGGACGACAGCGAAGGUGACGAGGCAGAUGCCCAGGGCGAGGAUGAUGAGGAGGAGGAGGAUGAGGAGGAGCAUGAGGACGCGGCCGAAGCUCCCGAAGAUGAGGAAGCAGAUGCAGCGGAGGCAGAGGAGGCAGAGGAUGUGCAGCCGUCGAAGCCCGUCAGCAAGAAGCCGGCUGGUAAGGCUGGCAAGAAG